AUGAAUCUGUUUGUUCCUGUAACCGCAAAAGGCGAGGAAAUCAAAUCAUUUCAGUUUUGGUUUUUCAAAUUUAGCUGGGUUUGGCCAUUGGCUUCGAAUAGUCCAAAAUAUCAGCUAGUUUUGGUGAAUUCUUUAGCUUUGUUGUUUCUUUCGUGUUUUCUGGGAACGGUUUAUGCUGAGUUUUUGUUCAUAACCGACCAUGAGGGUGAUGUGGCUAUGAUUGCUGAGUGUCUUUGUACAACGUUUAUUGGGACGCAGUUUAUUAUCAGGAUUCUUUAUUUGAUAUUUCAUCGGAAUCAGAUGAAGGAUGUGUUGCAGAAGUUCUACAAAAAUAUUUAUGUUCACAAAUCGGAGGACGAGAAACGUCACGAUGCUUGUGAGAAGAGUCUAAGAUUGGUCUACUUUAUGUCUUUUUCUUUCUUCGUAACUCUGACUAUUAUGUACACUGGAGUCGCGGUAUUGGUUAUACGAGAUCCUUAUUCACGUUCAAAACCUUACCUCUAUAAGAUGAGAUUUGCUUAUGACUCUCAGGAGCCACUGAAUUAUGCCUUCACAACUUUGUAUACAGGAUGGGUGGGAUUUGCAUCUGUGACCCUGAUUGCUGCUCAAGAUUGUUUUAUUGGAACAACAUUGACUUAUUGUGCUGUUCGAUAUGAUAUGCUAAGGGAUGAUCUGGACACGUUAUUUGAGAGGUCAAUAAGGAGUUUAACGCAUGGAUCAAUUUCGGGCCGAGAUAAUAAUUUACAUAAAAUAUUUCAGCAAAAAUUGAAGGUCAUCAUACAAAAACAUCAAACAUUGGAUAAGUAA